UAUUUCAGUCUCAGCUUUCCUCCGAAACAAAUUCGCCGUAGUCGUAGUCUUUAUGUUUUUCUUACCGUUUCUCGAUUGAUUUCUGAUCAUGGCGAUGAACACAGGAAUCCGAUCUAUCUCAAAGAUAAUAGCUUCAUCCGAAUCAUCAGUCUCCAGAUCUGUGAGCAGAAGCUUCCACUCAACUGGAGCUAAGAAGAUGAGCGGAGGAGGAGGGCAUGGUCAUGACGAGCCAUACUACCUCCACGCAAAGCACAUGUACAAUUUGGACCGCAUGAAGUACCAAGGUCUCAAGAUGUCUCUCGGUGUCUUUACUGCUUUCAGCAUUGGCGUUGGAGUUCCCAUCUUUGCUGUUGUCUUCCAGCAGAGGAAGACUGCCUCUGGUUGACUUCACUCUCUCUCUCUCUCUCUUCUUCUCUGCUUCAAUAAUUUUGUUUUUAAUUCGUAGCCACAUGUCUGAUCGUUAUGGUAAAAGUACAUUAUUCAUCCUCCUUUUACUGGCUGUUUGACGCUGGAAUAAUGUAACUUUGAUUGGAAUCGCAAGUUAAUUGUUUGAAUAUUUUUCAUUUUGAGCAAGCAAUUUGUUUUAUUCACCA